AUGUCUAUCCCAAAAACCCAAAAAGUUAUAUUAUUUGAAGAGAUUGGCGGCCCAGAGGUGUUAAAAUACGCCGAUUUCCCAGUGCCAGCCUACGCUGAUGACGAAAUCCUUAUUAAAAACCACUACGCCGGGGUCAAUUACAUUGAAUCAUACUUCCGCACUGGUAUUUACCCAUCUCAAAAGCCAUAUGUUCUUGGUCGUGAAGCUUCAGGAGAGGUGGUUGCCAUUGGUGCCAAGGUUGGUAACUUCAAAGUUGGCGAUAAAGUGACGUACAUUUCCAGCGGAACUUUCUCACAAUACCAAAAGAUCAAGGCCACCGGUAACAUCUACAAAUUACCAAAGGAUAUCAAUGAUGAAGCAUUGCAAGUCAUGGGCAGUAUCUUGGUCCAAGGGUUGACAGCCAUUACUUUCUCCGAACUCGCCUAUCCUAUCCGGAAGGGCGAUUACGUUCUAAUUUACGCUGCUGCUGGUGGGGUUGGCCAGAUCUUGUGUCAAUUGUGUAAAUUGAAAGGAGCUCAUGCCAUUGCCUUGGCAUCCACAGAUGAGAAAUUGGCUCUUGUUCAAAAAUUGGGGGCCGAAUAUACCAUCAAUUCCAAAGCCACCGAUAUUGUUGAACAAGUGUUGAAAAUCACCGGAGGUAAAGGUGUCCAUGGUGCCUUUGAUUCUAUUGGUAAAGACACUUUCCAAAUCACUUUGAAGUGCUUGCGUACCAAUGGUAAGUUUGUCAGUUAUGGUAAUGCCACUGGUAAAAUCCCAGCAUUUGAAAUCAAUACUUUGCCAAGGAAUGUCUCUAUCUGCAGACCAACAUUGUAUCAUAACUUUAGUGAACCAGGAGAAUUCAAGCACUAUAUGGAUCAAUUGUACGAAUUUUAUAUUUCUGGUCAAUUGGAGUUCAAUAUUUUCAAGACUUUCCCAUUGGAAGAAUAUCCUGAGGCUGCAAAGUUGUUGGAAAGUCGUGCUACUGCUGGUAAAUUGUCGUUGAAAAUUCCUCAAUAA